AUGACGCGCGAGACGACGGCCGACGUCGACGACGACGACCUCGGCGCUGCUGAGGUCCUUCGGUUCGAGCCGUGGCAGUCCGCGGUCGACCCCGGGUUCUUCGCCGAGCUCGCGCGUCGCAAGCUCGACAGCAUCGGCCUGUCCGAGGCGCCGCUCCGCGUCACCGCGACGUACGCCCCGGCGCAGCACGCGCUCGUCUCCUCGCCCGCGUCCAUGGCGCGCGCGUCGUUCGCGGAGGACGGAGACGACGCCGCCGCGCGCGCGGCGGACGCGCGCGCGGCCACGCGCGCGCUCAUGCCCGGGACGCUCCACAACGUCAACACGUUCGAGCGGUUCAAGACGUUCGAUCGCGCGCGCGUCCUCGCGGACGCGGCGGGAGCGCUCUGGUCUCAGAUCGCGAGCGGCGCCGCGGAGGAGGAUCCGUCGCUCCUGAACCGGUUCGCGGUGGUCGCGUUCGCGGACCUCAAGCGAUGGUCGUUCUACUACUGGUUCGCGUUCCCCGCGAUGAAGCUGACCGACCCGGUGAAGGUCCUGAACCCCGGCGUGAGGUCCUUGACCGCGGCGUGGGGUGAAGACGUCGCGGUGAAAGCGGCGGCGGCGUGCGACGCGUGGCUGAAAGGAGGCGGCGCGUUCGCGUGGCUUUACUCGCGCUCGACCGGCGCGUGCUACUCUCUGACCGCGUGGAAGGCGCUCACCGGUGGUAACGCCGCCAGCGCGGACGACGUCGCGCUCGCGUUCGCGGACGCGUGUUGCGCGAAAACGCACCCCGGAUGGGCGUUACGUAACCUCGCGCUCCUCGCGGCGGCGCGAUGGAACGUCGAGAGGCUCCGCGUCGUCGCCGCGCGGUCCCCCGCGGGUAGAAUUUCCGCCGACGCGUGCCUCCACAUGACCCUCGCGCUCCCCGCGAUCGCCGCGGACGCGGGCGCGCUGCCGCCGGGCCCCGCGGUCGGGUGGGAGCUCAACGCGAAGGGACGCGCGGGCCCGCGGUGCGCGGAUUUGGGCGCGUCGAUGGAUCCGACGCGUCUCGCGACGCAAGCCGUGGACUUGAACUUGAAGCUGAUGCGUUGGCGGCUGCUUCCCGAGCUCGACGCGGACGCGCUCGCGAGCACGAGGUGUCUGCUUCUCGGCGCGGGGACGUUAGGGUGCGCGGUCGCGCGGUGUUUGUUAGGCUGGGGCGUGCGCGCGAUCACGCUGCUCGACUCCGGGAAGGUGUCUAACCCCGCGCGGCAGUCGCUGUUUGAAUUCGACGACUGCCUCGACGGCGGCGCGCCCAAGGCGUCCACGGCGGCGGCGCGGCUCAAGAAGAUCUUCCCGGGCGUCGACGCGCGCGGCGUGAGAGCGUCGAUACCGAUGCCCGGGCACCACGCGUGCGACGGCGACGACGAGGAGACGAAACGCGUCUUGAAGGACGUCGACGACAUCGACGCUUUGAUCGAGACGCACGACGUCGUGUUUCUUCUCACCGACACGCGCGAGAGUCGGUGGCUGCCGACGCUGAUGUGCGCGGCGAAGAAUAAGCUGUUGAUAAACGCCGCGCUUGGGUUUGACUCGUACCUCGUCAUGCGGCACGGCGCGGGCAGAAGACUCGGGUGCUACUUCUGCAACGACGUCAUGGCCCCAGGGAACUCCACGCGCGACCGGACGUUAGACCAGCAGUGCACGGUCACGCGCCCCGGGCUCGCGCCGAUCGCGGGCGCGCUCGCGGUGGAGAUGAUGGUGGCGCUGCGUCACGCGCCCCCGGGUCCGGAUCCGGGGGGAGGCGGCGCGCCGACGGCGACCGGAAUCCGACUCCCGGCGUCGACGGCGCCGCCGCCGCUGGGCGCCGACCCGCCGACGCCGCUGGGGAUCGUCCCGCAUCAGGUGAGAGGGCAACUCGCGGAGUACGCGCAGCGGUUGUUCGCCGCGCCGGCGUACCCGAAGUGUACCGCGUGCUCGCGCGUCGUCGUGAACGCGUACCGCGGCGGCGGGGGGGCGGGGGUGGGGGAAAUGAAGACGGAGGCGGAGGCGCACCCGACGUUCUUGGAGGACGCGACGGGGCUGACGGAGAUGCGCGCGGCGGCGGACGACGCGGAGUGGGUGGGGUCGGACUCGGACGCGGACGACUUUUAG